CAGUUGCCCUUAGCAGCGCAGCCUCAUUCCUCCACAGUCGGGCUUCAGUCCGAUUAUUAAGAGCGUCUCCCCCCUCGCUCCAAUUAACAUCCGCAAGUGCUUAAAUUGAGUUUCUUCGUUUUUUCCAGAAGCGCGCAACUCCACUUUGCGUUGUCACCAAGUUUUCCAGCGCACCCUGAAUUCCUCCGCGGUGUAAUGAAGACAAAAAGCGACGGGUUGACUCCAGCGCGGCGGUCUUAAAGCGGUCCUCAGGUGUGGUAAAAGCAGAUCGGUAAUUAGCCUCGAGGACGGAGAGGAUGGCGGCGAACGGCAGCGCGCAGGAGUUGCUGUCCGUGUGCGGGGAGCGCGGGAACGUGAGCGUGGAACUUAUGGAACAGAACACGACCUGCUCCAACAGCUCCGUACUGAACCGACCGGCCACCAGAGCCCGAGAGAUGGACUCCUUCCGCAUUCUGCUCUAUUCGCUCAUCUUCCUGCUCAGCGUCUUCGGCAACCUGCUGAUCAUCGUUGUCUUGAUGCUGAACAAACGCAUGCGGACCGUCACCAACUCCUUCCUGCUGUCGCUGGCGGUCAGCGACCUGAUGAUGGCCAUCUUCUGCAUGCCCUUCACGCUCAUCCCAAACAUUCUGGAGGACUUCAUCUUCGGGGCCACAAUGUGCAAGAUAGUCACCUACCUAAUGGGCGUCUCUGUCAGCAUCUCCACCUUCAGCCUGGUGGCCAUCGCCAUCGAGCGGUACAGCGCCAUCUGUAACCCGCUCAAGUCCCGCGCCUGGCAGACCCGCUCCCACGCCUACCGCGUCAUCGCCGCCACCUGGGUGGUGUCGCUGCUCGUCAUGGUGCCCUACCCCGUCUUCAGCGUCCUCAAGUCCUUCCCCAAGGGCAACGGGACGGUGGGGAACAUGUGCCGCCUGGACUGGCCCAGUGAGCAAGCGGAGCAGACCUGGUAUGUUCUGCUGCUGUUUAUUCUGUUCUUCAUCCCGGGUGUGGUGAUGAUUAUAGCCUACGGUCUGAUCUCCAGGGAGCUGUACCGAGGCAUUCAGUUUGAACUGAGCCAGAACAAAGAGACCGCUGGCCAGAAGAAUGGUGUAGGCAGGGCUACGGCAGGGCCAAGUGAGGAUGACGAUGGCUGCUACAUCCAGGUUUCCAAAAAGCCAUCAUUUGCUGUGGAGCUUCCCACCCUCUCGUCCUCAACGACCACCAUCCUGAACAAAGCUGAGCGUGCCCGUAGCAACACCUCCGAGGCUAAGCUGCAAGCCAAGAGGCGAGUCAUCCGCAUGCUGAUGGUGAUCGUAGCUCUCUUCUUCAUCUGCUGGAUGCCCUUGUACUCGGUCAACACCUGGAAGGCCUUCGACCCCAAGUCCGCCGCCAUCGCCCUCACUGGAGCACCCAUCUCUUUCAUCCACCUGCUGUCCUACACGUCGGCCUGUGUCAACCCCAUCAUUUACUGCUUCAUGAACACGCGUUUCCGCAAGGCGCUGCUGUCCACGUUCGCCUGCUGCUGCCGCAACCGCCUUUGCCGCCGAAUCUGGUGGCGCCGGAGGAGAGAGGGGGAAGACGGCAUCAACGCCACCUCCAUGGGCACAUCGAUGGUGACCUCCAUGUCCAAGUUUAGCUACACCACUGUCAGCUCCGUUGGUACCUGCUGAGCCUGAAGGGGAGUGAGGUGGUCGUAUCGGAGGCUGUCAGAAGGCAUCGUUGAGUGCACCAUCUGUUUUUUCAAUCUUCCGUUUGUCAGUCCUCAUCCUAAUAUGCUGAGUCACGAGCUGAGUAAUAUCCACGUCCUCAUUUAAAGGCCUCUCUGCAAAGGUCCUGCUCAAAUUCUGUGUGCAUGAUUGCAGAAAGCAAGGCGUGGAAAGUGCCGUUUCAACGUGGUGACAUUCUUUUACCUCUUUUAAUUGGCAGCAACCGCCUUACUGCAUCCAAAAAGAGAACAUCAAGUGCCUGUGCUCUUGUAGCUUUGUCUGUCAUGAUUUCUUGUUCAUUUGGUGGAAUGAACUUCUCUCGGUUAAACAAAAGUUACAAACUGUACACAUAAAUAUUGUCUUUAUGUUGUGAAUGUGCCAAUGAAAAAUGUUUUGUCAGAAAAAUUUCUCAUUACGCUUUUAGCUUCUUUUGAGUUCAUUGCUGUGUAACACCAUGAUUUUUUCUGAAAGUCUGCUGUGCCUUACAAAGUAUCAAAACCUCUUGAGCUUUUCCAGCUUCUGUCAACCGCAAACAGCAAUGUAGCAAAACAAACUACCGCACAAUUCUGGACAUUAAGGAAAAAGUACACAUUUUUGUUUUACAAAUAAAUAUCUGAAAAGUAGAAAGUACUUUUGUAUUUAUCCCACCAGAUU